AUGUCGGCUAAAUUGCAAGUACCAAAAACAACAACAGCAAUCAACGUGCGUCAAAACACAAGAAAAUCCAUUAAAAUUCAAAGCGCACCCUUUACCCGAUCAUCCACAACUUUUGGUGCAUCUACCGCUCGUUCCAUCAACUCAACAUCGAGUAGCAUCAGUUCUACCAACAGCUGUCGGCAGACCAGCAAUCGCAACAACAGUAAACCAAGUAAGAGCUGUACCAGCACCAGUACCAAUAGUACAGUUAUCAAAAAUGCUUUCGCCAAUAAACGUUUCAACACACAUGUCGCCAACAGUCGCACGUCACCAUUUCGUUCGUUAAUAACGUCGGGGCCACGCGUGCGUCAGCCACUGACACAAUCCAAUGAUUUCGCCUACGAUCUGUCGAAGGAUGAGUCAAAAUUUAUGGGUGCGUUUAAGGGGCCAAUGAAGACGGUACCCGACAGCGAGCGUGAGCUCUUGAAGAACGGUCAGCGUGGUGCCUACUUAGCGGUACGCUAUGAACAUUCUCCCGAUCGCAAGUACAACUAUCCGGAGGCGACUAGCUGGCGCAUCGGUUGGCUGCAUAACCAAAUGACGAGAAAGGGUCUUAUAAUCUGA